UCUUGGCAGAUGGCAGUUCUGUCUUCCCAAUUGCUCAAGCCGAAAUUUUAUAAUCAUCCUUGACUCUUCUUUUCUUUCUUUCUUUUUUGAGACCAAGUCUUGCUCUGUUGCCCAGACUAGAGUGUAGUGGCUCAAUCUCGGCUCCCUGCAACCUUCACCUCUGUGGUUCAAGCAAUUCCCUUGCCUCAGCCUCCGGCAGUAGCUGGGAUUACAGGCGUGCGCCACCAUACCCAGCAAAUUUUUUUUUCUUUCUUUUUGAGACAGAAUCUCACUGUGUUGUCCAGGCUGGAGUGCAGUGCCAUGAUCUCGGAUUACUGCAACUUCUACCUUCUGGGUUCAAGUGAUUCUUGUGCCUCAGUCUCCCGAGUAGCUGAGACUACAGGUGCCCACCACCAUGUCCCACUAACUAUUGUAUGUUAAUCGAGACGGGAUGUCACCAUGCCCGGCCAAGGCUGAUCUCAAACUCCUGACCGCAGAUUGUUACAGAGCAGCAAACUGGGCAGAAAAUCCAGAUUGUGACAGCACUUGAUCAUAAUACCCAAGGCAAGCAGUUCAUUCUGACAAAUCAUGACGGCUCUUCUCCAAGCAAAGUCAUUCUGGCCAGGCAAGAUGCCACUCCAGGAAAAGUUUUCCUCACAACUCCAGAUCCAGCAGGUGUCAACCAGUUAUUUUUUACCACUCCUGAUCUGUCUGCACAACACCUGCAGCUGGAGUGCAGUGUCAUGAUCUCAGCUCACUGCAGCCUCUGUCUCCUGGAUUCAAGCAAUUCUCCUGCCUCGGCCUCCCAAGUAGCUGGGAUUACAGGACGUCAUUAUGGAGCAGUAACUUGCGAAGGCUGCAAAGGAUUUUUUAAAAGAAGCAUCCGAAAAAAUUUAGUAUAUUCAUGUCGAGGAUCAAAGGAUUGUAUUAUUAAUAAACAUCACCGAAACCGCUGCCAAUACUGCAGGUUACAGAGAUGUAUUGCGUUUGGAAUGAAACAAGACUCUGUUCAAUGUGAAAGAAAACCCAUUGAAGUAUCACGAGAAAAAUCUUCCAACUGUGCCGCUUCAACAGAAAAAAUCUAUAUCCGAAAAGAUCUUCGUAGCCCAUUAACUGCAACUCCAACUUUUGUAACAGAGAGUGAAACUACAAGGUCAACAGGACUGUUAGAUUCAGGAAUGUUUGUGAAUAUUCAUCCGUCUGGAGUAAAAACUGAGUCAACUGUGCUGAUGACAUCAGAUAAGGCUGAAUCAUGUCAGGGAGAUUUAAGUACAUUGGCCAAUGUGGUUACAUCAUUAGCGAAUCUUGGAAAAACUAAAGAUCUUUCUCAAAAUAAUAAUGAAAUGUCUGUGAUUGAAAACUUAAGCAAUGAUGAUACCUCUUUGUGUGAAUUUCAAGAAAUGCAGACCAAUGGUGAUGUUUCAAGGGCAUUUGACACUCUUGCAAAAGCAUUGAAUCCUGGAGAGAGCACAGCCUGCCAGAGCUCAGUAGCGUGCAUGGAAGGAAGUGUACACCUCAUCCCUGGAGAAUCAAGCAUAAAUUAUACCGAAAAAGAGGGGCCACUUCUCAGCGAUUCACAUGUAGCUUUCAGGCUCACCAUGCCUUCUCCUAUGCCUGAGUACCUGAAUGUGCACUACAUUGGGGAGUCUGCCUCCAGAUUGCUGUUCUUAUCAAUGCACUGGGCACUUUCGAUUCCUUCUUUCCAGGCUCUAGGGCAAGAAAACAGCAUAUUACUGGUGAAAGCUUACUGGAAUGAACUUUUUACUCUUGGUCUUGCCCAGUGCUGGCAAGUGAUGAAUGUAGCAACUAUAUUAGCAACAUUUGUCAAUUGUCUUCACAAUAGUCUUCAACAAGAUAAAAUGUCAACAGAAAGAAGAAAAUUGUUGAUGGACCACAUCUUCCGACUACAGGAGUUUUGUAACAGCAUGGUUAAACUCUGCAUUGAUGGAUAUGAAUAUGCCUACCUGAAGGCAAUAGUACUCUUCAGUCCAGAUCAUCCAGGCCUAGAAAACAUGGAACAGAUAGAGAAAUUUCAGGAAAAAGCUUAUGUGGAAUUCCAAGAUUAUAUAACCAAAACAUAUCCAGAUGACACCUACAGGUUAUCCAGACUACUACUCAGAUUGCCAGCUUUAAGACUGAUGAACGCUACCAUCACUGAAGAAUUGUUUUUCAAAGGUCUCAUUGGCAACAUACGAAUUGACAGUGUUAUCCCACAUAUUUUGAAAAUGGAGCCUGCAGAUUAUAACUCUCAAAUAAUUGGUCACAGCAUUUGAAAGCUGAAACUCCAAAGCUAUAAACUUAACUGUUCUUUGCCAGAACACAAGACACACCAAAUUGAACUCAUUGCUUUUGGGGCAUCUGGAAAUUUUUACUUUAAAAAUUAACCAAAAUCCAAGAUAUUUUUAUUUUAGCGUCCUUAAGAAUUUUUGAAGUGACUGGGCAGGCGGCAGAAAUUAAAUGAAUUUUUCUUCCUGAUUCCUUUAAAUCAAUAAGAAACACUACAAAUUGAUUCUUGGUGAAGAUGAUAUUUGAAGCUGUUACCUCUUGAUUAUCUAAACUAAGCUCUCAUUCUAUUAUAUAAAACAAAUAAAUUAGCCUGUCUUUUCUGAAUUGUAUUCUAGUCAUAUUUAACUUCAUUAUGAACUAGUAAAAAUACUUCAUGUCCAGAAAUCCCUAACGAGGAGUUGGUUCCUUGCAUUUUACUGUCAUAAUAAUUUUUGUUUGUUUUAAUUACCAUAUCAAAAUAAGAUUUAUGCUUAUUGGUAUAAUGACUAUAUUAGAACUGUAGGAAAUAAUUGAAUAUAUAUUUUUGUUUUCUGUAAAUAUCAUGGUGUCCCUUAGCAUAUACCACUCUUAUUGCUGGAGGUGAGAUAGGCCUUUUAUGAUCUUAAGAGUUGACAUUUUUAAUGUAUAUUAUUAGUUAUAAGCACUUUUUAUUUAUAUGGCAGAAAAUUGUUUUUGAGAAUAAGCUAGUAUUGAUAUUUUAAUAUUUUUAGCUUACUGCUGUUUUUUUUGUUUUCAUUUAUAGAAAUGGGAUUUCACUGUGUUGCCCAGUCUGGUCUCAGCUCCUGGGCUCAAGUAUUCCUGCCUCAGCCUCCCAAAGUACUGGGAUUACAGGCGUGUGCCACUGUGCCUGGCCUACUGCUAUCUUUUGAAAGUAAUAGAGACAGCCGGGCGUGGUGGCUCACCCUGUAAUCCAAGCACUUUGGAGGCCAAGGUGGGCGGAUCACCUGAGGUCAGGAGUUCAAGACCAGCCUGACCAACAUGGUGAAAAACCCGGUCUUAAAAAAAAAAAAAGGUAAAAAAAUAAAAUAAAGAUAAUUAAAAACAAAAAAAGAAAGUAAUAGAGACUAGCCAGGCAUGGUGUCUCAUGCUUAUAAUUCCAGCACUUUGGGAGGCUGAGGCAGGCAGAUUGCUUGAGCUCAGGAGUUCAAGGCCAGCCUGGGCAUUAUAUUGAGACCCUGUCUCUAUAAAAAGAAAGAAAGUAACAGAGACUAAGUGAGCCCAAAAUGUUUAACUAUUUCAAAAAAGAUAUUAAAAUUGUUGUUCUUUCAUUCCAUAAAAAGGAUCUGAUCUCUCUCUCACACUUUUCUGACCUGAAUUAGAGCUUCCCAACCCUGUCAUACAUGGGUUUUAGCCAGUUUCUUUUAGGUCACUAAAAAAAAUUCACCCAAUUUGUCAAAUAAUGGGUUUUUCAUAGCCAAUCCAUAUUUUCAAGACAAGUUUAAACCUUAUUUUGAAGGUACUGAUAAUUUUUAAAAAUAAAUCUGUGCUGAUUUUUUUCACUGUAAAGCAUGGAAAGGUUGCUUUAACAACAGUUUAAGAAUCAGCCUGAAGCCUUCUGCUACAACAAAUGCAUUUUAGACUCCUCAAAUGUCUUUGACAGUAAUUUUUUUUAUUUUUUGAGAUGGAGUUUUGCUUUUCUUGCCCGGGUUGGAGUGCAAUGGUGCCUUCUUGGCUUACAGCAACCUUUGCCUCCUGGAUUCAAGCAAUUCUCCUGCCUCAGCCUCCCAAGUAGCUGAGAUUACAGGCAUGUGCCACACGCCUGGCUAAUUCUGUAUUUUUAGUAGAGAUGGGUUUCUCCAUGUUGGUCAGGCUGGUCUCAAACUCCCAAACUCAGGUGAUCUGCCCACCUUGGCGUCUCAAAGUGCUGGGAUUACAGGCAUGAGCCACCAUGCCCGGCCAGUAAUUUAUUUUUUUUUUUAGCAAACCUGAUACUGUUAACUAUUUCUUUGCUCUGAUUUCUUGAUGAAUUAUUUUGGUAUGUUUUUUUGAUUUUUAAAACAAACUUGGAUAAUACAUUGCACUCAGUACACUUUUUAUAAAGAUUUUUGCAAUAGAAAAGCUGAGGUUUUUGUGGGGCUGCGGAUUUUAUUGCUUACUACUUUAUAUUAAUCAAAAGUUUGAAAAUAUCAACUUACAGUCUUUACCAGUUUACUGAGGGAAAUUUUUCCCCUAUUUAACACAUGAUCUUAGUCAACAAUUUUAUUUAUAAUUAUCACUAAAGAAACUACAUUUAGUAUAAAAUACUCAAAUGGAAAAAUCAGUAGUUUAUACCUUUAUAAAUACAACAUAGUAAGCCAAGGAAUCAGGGAAAUAACCUUUUAAAAUAAUGUACUAAUGGUUAAUUAAGAUGUUUCAGGUAUUUUUUUCUGAUUAAAUUUGUUGUUAUAUCUGGAAGAAUUUUUAAAACUAUAUUAAAAUGUGAUUUGCUUUACAAAUUUCUGUAUCUUACCAAUAUAUUUGUAAAUAUAUUCAUUUUCCUAUUCAA